UUCGGCGAGGAGCAGUGCGGUAUGACAGAAGAUGACAAUAUUAUCUACGGUAUUCACACAUAUUUACACAGACAGUGCGUCGUCGCGUGUAGCCUUAUAGUGGCCAAGUACUUCAAGCAAUCACUAUGAAAAACAAAACAAAGACGCAAUUUUUUAAAUAGUAAUGAUGGUGGCAGGCUGAAGUACAAUGGACCCUUUCGGCAUCACAAACGACAAAAUUUCCGUGGAAUCAGAAUCUUGCACUGACACAGAGAACCAUGUAGUGACAGAUAAUUGGACGGCGACAUCCAAUGCUUUCCUAACAAGCGAGGAUAUUGAGCUAUUCAACAAUGAAUCUGACAACGAGCCCGAGCCUGAAACUGCGCCCAAGUCUGACACUGACAGCAACACACACAGUACGAGUCAACCAAGUGACGGCGCCAAGGGGCGAAUUGGAAGUGGUAACAGAAAGAGAUCCCAAGGCAAGAAUAGGUAUUCGAGAGCGUACAGAAUCGUUGUAUCCUACGAAAAACUACGCGAAUUAAAGCAGAAAGUCGAUCAAGCCAUAAAGGAUCACAAAGUGUUCACAGUUAUGGGCUCAUUUCCAUCAGUACGUGAAGCACUGAAGCAGAGAGGGUGGGUUGAAAAACUUACGCCAAACCAUUACUGUUACCGCAAGUCUGGUUCACUGUCUGCCCAGGACGAUGCUGACAUCAAUGAAGCAAUCCAAGACUCUCUGAUGAACCACACUGCCAUUCGUGCAUGUGAAAAUGAGGCUAUGCUAAUGACUCGUUUACUCCGAAACACAAGUGUAGAUUUCAUAUGGUCAAUGAGGUAUGACCCUCUGGAGUAUCAAGAUGUAAAUAAAAAACAAUUUAUUAACAGACUUCCAAGACCAUCAUUCACUUCAAAGGUUGGACUGUGCAGUUUUCUACAACAAAUGCAAUGGUUUUGCGAAGACGGUGUCUCAGAAACAUUGUUUCCUCGAUGUUACAAUAUAUGCCAGGCAGAAGAGAAAACAGCAUUUAAAAAUGAUUUCCGUCUCACAGCAUGUGUCAACUUGCUGAAAUGGUUGGUAACAAAAUAUGAAUCAGAGCCUCAAUCUGUUCAGUCUCCAGAUGGGAAGAUACCACAUUCUGCUGUGCACUUUGCUAUCAAACGCUGCUGGGAAUAUAUUAGUGCAAGAUCACAUGAAGAUAUUGAUAAAGAUGAACCAAUAACUAUUUGGGACCACCAGUGGGAUCAAUAUCUGACUUGGUAUUAUUUGCUUAUGGAUGAAACAACUUUGUUGUGUAAUGACAAGGAAACUCCACUCAAGACACUAUAUGCAACUGCUAAGACAAUGCUUAUAAAAAUUCGAAAAUUUUGGCCACAGAUUGAUCUUGAUGGAAUGAAUAAUAUAUGGAUACUAAAACCAGGAAAUAAAUGUCGAGGCAGAGGAAUUCAGCUGGUUAAUAGGUUAGAGUCUGUACUGCACAAAAUAAAUCCAGCUGUCAUGAAAGAAAGCAGAUAUGUGGUUCAAAAGUACAUAGAACGUCCUUUAUUGAUAUAUAAAACAAAAUUUGACAUACGACAGUGGUUUUUAGUAACAUCAACUCACCCACUUGUGGUAUGGAUGUAUAAAGAAAGCUAUCUUCGAUUUUGUUCCCAGCCAUUUAGCCUCAAGAACUUCCAUGAGUCUGUUCACUUAUGUAACAAUGCAGUACAAGCUAGAUACAAAAAUGGAAAAAGAGAUCCUGCAUUACCUGAUGAAAAUAUGUGGGACUGUUACACAUUUCAAGCAUAUCUGAGGACAAUAGGUCAUGCAGACAGAUGGGAAAAAUGUAUCUAUCCUGGCAUGAGGGCCAGUAUCAUUGGCACACUACUUGCUUCUCAAGAUCACAUGGAUAAAAGAAGAAAUUCAUUUGAGCUAUUUGGAGCUGAUUUCAUGGUAACAGAAGAUUUCUGCCCAUGGUUAAUAGAGAUAAAUUCGUGCCCAUGCAUGGCAUCUACAACAAGUGUUACUGCUAGAAUGUGUUCACAAUGUUUGGAAGAUGUAAUUAAAGUUGUUGUAGACAGAAGACAGGAUAAGAGAGCUGACACAGGAAUGUUUGAAUGUAUUUACAAGCAACGCGUGUCACCUGCUCCUCCAUAUUUGGGAAUGACUCUUGCUGUACGAGGAAAUAAAUGCAAUCUCAAAGGUAUCAAGCCAAGCCUAAGCUUUCGGACACGAAAAAUUGAAACAGGUACAACUAUAAACAGUGAUAAAAGAUCAGAAACAAAGAAAAUGUGUGUGGAAAAUCACUCUAGUUUCACGACUGAAAGGGCAAAGAUUAAUGAAACAAAACCAAAGAUUCCAACAGAUAUUCUUGGUCCAGUUGUCAUAGAUUUUAUUGAAGAUUUGGCCAAGCAGCUUAGUAAAGAAACAAACUCUAUGGAUGCAGAAGAUGUGACUGACACACAAAAACUGACAAAUGAUGUGAACUGUGCACGAGAGGCAGAAACAGAAGAGGUUACAAACUGGAAAGAUGAGUUGUUCCCGAACAACAUGCUUAGAAGAAGUAAUAAAUUUAAUACCAAGAAGAUAAAUUCUCAGAGGAAAACCAAAAUAAAUGAUGGUGGAAAAGAAAAGUUGCAAGAACAUGUCGCAGGUGAUGCAAAACGCAUUAACUUAAAUGCGACCGCAUUUAAUUGUGAUACUACUAGCACAGACUCUGGAAUUUCUGAAGAUCAUUCAUCAAAAAAUAAGAAACUGAAGUAUAAUGGAAGUGGUAGUAUAAAGUCAAUGGAACUUUUUGGUGGAUGGCGCAAGAAAUUAGAUGAGACAAAAAGCAACUGUCAGAGUAUUUUGGAUAGCUUAAAAACAAGUGGAGAUUCUGGAAGUUUCUCAAAUAUAACUUCUUUUGAUAAAAAUAUUAGAUGGGCAGCAGAACUAUCCAUUCAGACAACUGUAAGAGAGUUUGUGAAGCAGUUGACCCAGUCUAUCUCAGACAAGAAUCCCACCCAGAAAAAUAAAUUAUUAGCUGAUCCAUUCUCACCUCUUAGUAGAGGGUUAGGUAAACUUAAACUGAGUGAUGACAGCCGAGUAAGACAGUGCUAUUUAAAUAUACUGCUGAACAAUGGCCAACUUUCAAAGUUUAAAAGAUCACACGAAAUUUUUAAUCCACAGUAUCUGGAUCAUAAAUUCCCCAUGUUACGUGAAUUAUCUAAUGAUACACCAGAAAAAAAUGCUAUGCAUAACUUUAAAGGAGUUCUACCUAAUAUUAAACACAGAAAGAAAUUUUCAACUAAUGAUGAUGGUAAUGAGGCGCAGAAACGACAAAACCUAUGUGCACUCGGAAUGAGUUUGAAGACUAUCAGAAGUGGGCUGGGCCAUCAGGAGCAUUUGUUAAUGCCUCUUGGUCUAAAGAAGUACACAAGUGAGAAUGAAUCCUUUCACAAAGCUUUGUUAGCAAAGUGAUGGAAAUGUUCACCAGCAUAAUGAACAGUCGAAUUUAAAAGUGUCCCCUGCAGUUAAUGAAUAAGUAUUAAAUGUGGUAUAUAACCUCGCAGUUUGUAAACAUCAUAUGAGAUUUGGG